UGCUUUUAUGGCAAUUACAAGAUUUUAACUUGUACCGAUCCUCGACACUAUGGAAAAACAUUCUUCUGCGUGGUCACCUGGUAUUAAGAAGAUUGUUGAUUUCAAAUAGCAAACAAGAAUCUUACAAGGUAUUCACAUGGUAUCAAAUAUACUCCGGAUUUGUUCAGGAAGCAUAUACAAAGUCUCUUUCAAAUUGUUUUCAACCUGAUUUUUUUAACCUGAUAUAUAACCUUCUCCCAUUACUUUUUUUUAAGACCAUAUGUUGUCGGUUGCCUUAUUGAUUUUCUUGACUAGGUAACACCCAGAGAAAUGUUUAUAAUGCAACUUAUCAUUGAAAGGGAGCGAAACUUGUUUUAUAUGAAAACGGGUGUAAUUAGAACAAAUUCAUUCUAGGUAAUCAUAGGAUUUAGAUCAAAAUACGUUGUCUGAACAGCGCGACUGCAAUGAAGACUACCUGGAACGCAACCUAAAUUGCCGACGCAUGUGCAGUGAAUGCACUUCCUAUUCCGCUCAACGCGCUUCGUUUUCUUCUUUAACCAAGCUUAUUUUCAACAUUAAAAAAGUAACCGCGUGUUGGCUCAAGACAAUCCGACGUCAUGAGCUUGUUUGGGACCAGCACUGGGUUUGGCGCAGGGGGAUUCGGAGCGGCAACCACGGACACACACAACCCAAUGAAGGAUGUGGAAGUAACCUCACCCCCAGAUGACAGCAUCAGUUGCUUGGCGUUUAGUCCCCCUGCCAUGCCAGGGAACUUCUUGAUAGGGGGAUCCUGGGCCAAUGAUGUGAGGUGUUGGGAGGUACAGGACAAUGGGCAGACAGUCCCCAAAGCCCAGCAAAUGCACACAGGUCCAGUCCUUGAUGUCUGCUGGAGCGAAGAUGGAAGCAAGGUUUUCACUGCAUCUUGUGAUAAGACUGCCAAAAUGUGGGAUCUCAACAGCAACCAGGCAAUACAGAUCGCACAGCAUGAUGCUCCUAUCAGAACAGUCCACUGGAUCAAAGCCCCCAACUACAACUGCAUCAUGACAGGCAGCUGGGACAAAACCCUGAAGUUCUGGGACACCCGUUCGCCCAACCCAAUGAUGUCCCUGCAGCUGCCGGAGAGGUGCUACUGUGCAGACGUGGUGUAUCCCAUGGCAGUGGUAGCAUCAGCAGAGCGGGGUUUGAUUGUAUAUCAGCUUGAGAACCAGCCGUCCGAGUUCAGGAGGAUAGACUCACCACUCAAACACCAGGUGACUGGUUUCACAUACCAGCACCGCUGCAUAGCCAUCUUUAAGGACAAACAGAACAAGCCUGCUGGAUUUGCUCUUGGGAGCAUUGAAGGGCGGGUCGCCAUUCACUACAUCAACCCUCCUAACCCAGCCAAGGAUAACUUCACCUUCAAGUGCCACAGGUCGAAUGGAACCAACACAACCACACCACAAGACAUCUAUGCUGUGAAUGCCAUCUCCUUCCACCCUGUCCACGGUACACUGGCGACUGUUGGGUCUGACGGUCGCUUUAGCUUCUGGGAUAAAGACGCUCGCACCAAGCUGAAGACCUCGGAGCAGCUGGACCAGCCAAUCACAGCUUGCUCGUUCAACAACAACGGCAACAUCUUUGCCUACGCCUCUAGCUAUGACUGGUCAAAGGGGCAUGAGUACUACAACCCUCAGAAAAAGAACUACAUCUUUCUGCGUAAUGCUACUGAGGAGCUGAAACCUCGGAAUAAGAAAUGAUCUGCCCUGUCUCUCCUGUUGUUUGCAAAAUGGAGGUUUGUCAAACGCACACGUGAUGCCUGCACGACUCUGUUCCUAUCCUGUGCCAACACCAAUGGUGGAGCUGCUGCUUGCAAAAGGACCAAUCACUGGAGGUCUUUCAUCUUCUUGGCAUUGGCCUGGAUCUCUGUCCCAGCCACAUGCAUCCAAAUAGGGGUUGGAGAGUGAGGAGAUGAUAUUGUUUUGUAAUAUCUGAUAUUUUAUUUUUUAUUGUCUGUAGCUAGGUUUCCGUUGAAUUGCUGACAGAUUUUUCAUGUGAAUAUUCUUAAAUCUGCUGAAACAAAAUCUGAAAACAAUGUGUGCAUUUUUCCACCAGAGAUGUUUCCAUCCAAUUGAUUUGUUGUGGGUAGAAGGAUGUGCUUGGUGGCAUAGUGCACAUACAAAUAACGUUUGUGGUUAAAUUCCCCAUGUACUAAAUAAAAAUUACAAAUGAAAUGGG